GCCAGGCGCGGAGGGGCCGCCCCCCUCUCCUGGCUCCGUCUCCCGGGGAAGCAGGAAACGAGAAACGAAAGCAAAACCUGCCCACCCGGUCCUCCGCAGCGAAGGCGCCUUCCUCUUCGCCAUGGCAUCAGCUUUGAGAAUCAAGGAAUUCACAGCUUCUGAAAGAACUAUAGUAGUUGCUGGUCUUCCUGAGAACCUUGUUAGUAAUCAAUUGUUGGCCACAUUUGUGAAGAGUCACUUCCAAGAUAUUAAGAACGAGGGUGGUGAUGUUGAAGCUGUGAUCUAUCCAACAAGAACCAAAGGAGUUGCAUAUGUAAUAUUCAAAGAAAAAGAAGCUGCAGAGACUGUUGUGAGAAAAAAGGAACAGCGCCUAGGUAGGAAGGCCGGAUAUGCUCAAAUCACAGUCCUUCAUCUAAGUGAAAAGAUUUUCAGCUCUAUAAAGGCUCUCCUGGAUCUCUCCAUUUUUCAGGAUCAGUUUGUACUAGAAAGGCUGGUCAUGGAUCUGGAAAAGGAAAACCCUACUUUAUGCUUCAGUUCUUUGGAACGCAGUGGAAGGAUCUACGUGGAAGGAUCGCUUCUCGCGCUCAAGAAGCUCCAUGAGUCUCUGCUAGCAAAAGCCCUUUCUCUUUUAGAAAGAAGUAGGAAUUUCUCCAAGGCGGGGAGACAGUGGAAUACUCAGAGCCCCCAGAAGCAUCCCGAGGAAAAUGCCAACUCGGUGGCCACACUCAAGACUCUCAUUCCUAUGUCUGCAGGAAACAGAGAAACACUCGUGCUGGACACAGAUGUUUAUCUUUACCUCAAACAGAAGUGUGAGCUUUAUGAAAACACCCUGCGAAGAUUUUGUAUUCACAUUCAGGAGAGGGUGAGUGGUGAGCUCACCACCAUUCACCUAAGAGAUGCCCAGGAUGGGUCCAAGCCAGGCAGCGCCCAGCGAGGGAGGCAGCUCAUCCGGGAGUUGACCCAGGACCUUCUCCUGGAGCUCCGAAAAGAGACUUUUAUUUUGGAAGGAAAGACAAAGAGAGAGAGAAACGAUCUUACACAGGCAUGUAAACUACUAUGUUCAAAGUACCCGAAGGUUCUGGUUAAUGUAUACAGCACACGCAUUGACAUUAUAGGGUCAUCUUCUGACACUUACCUGUUUAAAAAAGAGGUCGUGAGACAAACGGGGCAUGUUCUGUCUGCGAUGCCGAAAUCAGAUCUAAAAGACACUGGGAUAUGAUCAAUGAGACAGGAUUCUAGACAUGCGCACACAGUGAGACCAAAAGGGGUACUCUUAGGAGAGAAGCACAAAGGUGCAAUGCCUAAAUGCUCUUCAUAUUUAUAUAAAAUAAUGCACAUUCUGAAACGAGCUCCAAGAUAUAGUUUUUUAGUUGUUGAUGAUUCUGUCUUCUUACCUUAUGUAUGGUGUAUUCAAGUGUACAUCUUCAGAAGGGUUGUGGAGAGGGUACAGAACUAGAGGGAAAAAGGGUAAAAAAGUGCAACAUUAGAGCUCACUGGACACUGAUGAAAGUAAACUAUACUAUAAGUGAAAUAUAUAUAUAUAUAUAGUUUUAUAU